AAUAAUAUCAUUUUUCAUCAUGCUAAGGUAACUGUAGUGUACCAAUAACAGGUAAAGAAGUAAAAACUGUAGCCUUUAUACAAUAUUUUUGUACACACUUUGAAUUUUAUUUUGACAUGACACUUGAAAUACUUUCUUCACUCUUAGAAUGACCUCUCAAAACUUUGCACUUGACCUUCAUUAGCUGUGAGUGUUUGGUUUGCAGGUCUAAAACCAUAUCCUCUGUAUUUUUAAUGAAUUUGCUGCUAUUAGGAGUUUCAAUAGGUCCACAAGAAGGAGGGGGUAGAAGGAGACAGUCUCUCUGUUGACAUGGGCACUGGUUUGAAUCCCAAAGGAACAACUGUCCCACACAGUUAAAGUUACCCAAAAGAAUGCUGACAGUAAGUAAUGCGUACAAAUGUAUAGUGCAGGGAGGGUGAAGGGAUGAGAAAUUGCAGAGAGAAAGAACAAGGAUCAUAUCCCCAUCCAGUGGGGCAAUUGAAAUGCAGCACUUCCCCCCAUGCUGUCUUAUUAUUACAACUAAUGACCAUAAUAGAGGUCUUGUGUGUAACUCAUUAAAAGUUCUGCAGAGAGGAGGUUGAAUUUGCCAAGUUAUUUGUUUUCGAAAGUUUUAGGUCAGUGUCAAAGUGCCUGCUUUUUUAUGAAUAUUAAAAUAGCAUUGCCAUAGAUAGAUAGGUCCCUAGUGAUCUAAAUCUUCUAAUCUUUUCAAUUAAGUGAUCCCUGAUUAGGUUCUAUAGGACAAUCUUAAAUAUCAUCUUAAAUGCCACUGAUAUCAGGUUCCUUGAUAUGCUCUAUAUUAAGCCUUUUCCAAAUGUGGAUCAUCGUGUUCCAUUGUGUCAUGUCCCCACCUCGUUUGAACUUGCUAUGACAGAGAGCUAGAGAUCUGUGACUCUGACUCCUGUAUGGGACGGAGGGAUCUGAUACUGCUGCUAUCCUUGGUGAUGUACAGCUCAAUCCAAUUAGGCUUCACCUCCGGACUGUGAUGCAGCGCGCGCGGCGAACACUCCUGUUCAGUCGCUGCUCCGCUGAGCGCUGCGUUUGACUGUUUUUACCCGCGCCGCUUUCCACUUUCAACACACUAUCAUGGCUUCGUGGCGAGAAUAAUCAACAGUUUCGAGGUUUUGUCCAACUUCGUCUUUGUGCUUAAUUCGCGCGAGGUGUUUGUGAGAUUUGCUCCACACAGAAUGAAGAGGAACCACUGCCCUUUCAGAAUGGGUACCACUGACGCCUCACUUCCCUGAGCUGAUGGAAGGGGAAAUAAGAGGCUAAUUGGCUUCUUUUUGGUUGUAGAGGUAAAGGAACAAGAGGUGAACAGCGGGAAGCAAAAGUGGUUCGUGAUUAUCUAAUAAGAACCGCUGAAGAGCCUUCGUGUAGAAGAGUGUUUGAUCAGCUGUUCUGAGACAGGUGCACUGGAAAGUACAGCCUCUACCUUCCUGAUUUAAGGAUUAGUCUGUUAUGAACGUUCCUGAACAGCUUGACGUGCAAAGUUUGUGCAACCAUGGAGGGCCUUGUCUGAGGUGGAUUCAUCAUAGUGCUCCUAAUUGACAUCUGAAUUAGCAUAACAUCUGAGUAGUAGCAGUCAUGACUGAGAGGGCAAACUUCGGAGCUCAGAGGGUCUCACGACCACAGGGCUCACUCCCGCCAGAACCUAUCGACAUUAUCCGGACAAAAGCCAGAUCCAGAAGAGUCCGGAUCAAUGUGGGUGGGCUUGUCCAUGAGGUGCUAUGGAGAACCCUGGACCGACUGCCACGAACCCGUCUGGGGAAACUCAGAGACUGCAAUACCCAUGAAACCUUAAUGGAGAUCUGCGAUGACUACAGUCUAAAUGAUAAUGAGUAUUUCUUUGACAGGCACCCAGGUGCCUUUUCCUCCAUUUUAAACUUUUAUCGGACUGGCAAGCUACACAUGAUGGAAGAGAUGUGCGCUCUGUCCUUUGGUCAGGAGCUUGACUACUGGGGCAUCGAUGAGAUCUAUCUGGAGUCGUGUUGCCAGGCACGGUACCAUCAGAAGAAGGAGCAGAUGAAUGAAGAGCUGCGGAGAGAGGCUGAAACUCUCAGGGAGAAGGAAGGAGAUCAAGUGGAAACGGGCUGCUGUCCAGACAAAAGGCAGAAGCUCUGGGAUUUGCUGGAGAAACCGAGCUCUUCUGUAGCAGCCAAGAUUCUGGCCAUAAUAUCAAUUCUGUUCAUCAUCCUUUCAACCAUUGCACUGUCACUGAACACCCUGCCUGAGUUACAAGUGAUUGAUGAAUUUGGACAAUCCAACGACAAUCCCAACCUGGCCCACGUUGAAGCUGUUUGUAUCGCCUGGUUCACUAUGGAGUACCUUCUCCGCUUUUUGUCUUCUCCCAACAAGUGGAAGUUCUUCAAAGGGCCACUCAAUGUCAUUGAUCUGCUGGCUAUCCUUCCUUAUUACGUCACAAUAUUCCUCACAGAAUCGAACAAGAGUGUCCUCCAGUUCCAGAAUGUGCGCAGGGUAGUUCAGAUCUUCCGGAUCAUGAGAAUCCUGAGAAUCCUGAAACUCGCGAGACACUCGACUGGUCUCCAGUCUCUUGGGUUCACGCUGAGAAGAAGCUAUAAUGAACUCGGACUGCUGAUAUUGUUUUUAGCCAUGGGCAUCAUGAUCUUCUCCAGUCUGGUGUUCUUUGCUGAGAAAGAUGAAGAUGCUACGAAAUUCACCAGUAUUCCCGCUUCAUUUUGGUGGGCAACAAUUACUAUGACAACUGUAGGUUAUGGAGAUAUAUAUCCCCAAACCCUUCUGGGAAAAAUAGUGGGGGGUCUCUGUUGCAUCGCUGGGGUGUUAGUGAUUGCUCUUCCCAUUCCCAUUAUUGUGAACAACUUCUCUGAGUUCUACAAAGAACAGAAGCGACAAGAAAAGGCUAUCAAACGAAGAGAAGCUCUUGAGAGGGCCAAGAGGAACGGGAGCAUUGUGUCGAUGAACUUGAAAGAUGCCUUCGCUCGCAAUAUGGAACUAUUGGAUGUCGUGAUAGAAAAGAAUGAGGACAAGGGUGCAGACAAUCAUCUUUCACCCAGUCGCUGGAAUUAUCAGAAGAACCCAAACUCUGACUUGGGUUCCAAAGGCUACGAUGCGAAAUAUCAAGAAAUAGGUCAGCUGGCUUCUCCAGAACGAUUAUUCAAACCUACUUCAAGCCCUCAGCGUCUGAAUGCGAAAUCCCUCGAGCAAAUGUACAACCAGAUGACGGCUGCCUCAUCCAUGAGCAGCAGCGGACCUUCGGCUUCCAAAGCGAGCACUAUUGUAAAAGAAGAAGAGAUGGAGAUGAAGGUAGUGCAGUGCGAACCACGGCACAAAGAGAGACCCAUCACUGAGAUAAGAAGCCUGUCCAGCGUUGACAGUUUCGCCAGCUGUGCCACAGACAUCAGUGAGGUAGAGAAAAGUGCGCUACUGCCAAAUUUCGCCGGAGCACAGACAAGGCAUCCACGCGCUCCUCCACCGCUCGACCUCAGCCAGAUCACCUCCCUGGAGAAACGGGCUCCUGAGAAAUCAAAGCAGCACAUGAUCAUCAAAGAGGGCCUCUACGAGUUUGUUCAAUGCAAGUCAGACAGCAGCACCAUGUCGCAGGGUGAAGAGAACCAAAGCUUUGAUCCGAGCGGUGAAAACAUGAGGAGCCCUCCACAAGGAAACCAAAUCAAAGUCAAGGGACUCAAAGUGAACUUCACCGAAUCUGCAGAUGAGGGGACUUCCAACUUGCACUUAGUCGUGACGGAUGACGCGGCCACACUGACACCAAAGCUACCGGUAUCUGAUCCAUUUCUUCUGCCGGGUUCUCCUAGGCACAGUCCCAGAUCCCCAGGGAAAGGCUUUGAAGGGGACGGAGCCACAAGCUCUCCAGGGUUCAGUCUGUCGUCUUGCGAUAGCCAAAGAGGGAGAAACCACAUCGAUAGAGCCGCCGUUACUCCAACCUCCCCUAAAAGUGCACAAAACUGUGCUUCUGCCACGGUUGGUGCCAUUGCAGCAGAAGACAACAUUCAAAGUGGACAGAAGGUGGACAACCACCUCCUUUCACCUGAUAUUCUCAAGUCUUCAGGGGAGGGAGGUCGCUCACCACCGUGUGAAACUAGCAUGUGAUGCGAUGGGUUGCAUUGACAUGUUCACGUUCACAGAACGAAUGCAUCAAAGUAUGUGGACAAAAAGAGGCAUACUGAUGUAGUGAAGGGGGUUUUCUUUUGUCCUUCUUCGACACUAUCGGACUGCAUAGCCGCAGCGAUUGACUUUAUGAUCCUGAGAGAGAAGGCCUGCUCUCAACAUCAAGAGCUUAGUGAUAUUCAUACAGAUGGAGGACAUUAAAUAACAAAUUAUACUCUUAUUAUUCUAUCAUUAUUUUAUAACAGUACAACCCUCCAUGUGAAUGAUUAGUUAGCUGAAUCAUAUAUAUUUCAAAUCAUAGGCUGAUUCAGACAACUGUGAUAAGAUAACACAAACCGUUCUUUGUAAUUUACAGCCCACUGAGCAGAUGUGCGUACACAUUUUUUAAGACUAACCACUGUAACAUUUUUGUUGGGUUUGUUAAAUAGUUCUGAGCAAAGUGCUACCAGUGUAAAUUGGCAGUCAACAUUUAACUUAAAAUAAUAUUUUUGACCAAAAUAUGCCUUCAUUUGAUAUUAUUCCUCAGUGGUCAUAUAUGAAGCAACACAAAGUUUUCAGUUCUCUCUGCAAAUGUGGAUCAAAUUAUUUUUUUUUUCUUUUAUCGUCCCUUUGAGGAAGUAAUAGAAAAGGAAAAACGUACCAAAAUAUAACACGUCAGUACUAAAUAUUCUGAUAUCUAUAUGAGCAUGUCUGUUUCAGUGAAACACAGGUUCAGGUGUUUCCAUUUGCAUCACUUUAUAGUUGAUCCAUAGUCUACUUAGAAAUCCAUACAUUCUUGAAAUAAAUAGUUUAGCAUGGUUACUGCGGUGGCGAGAAACUAUGGAAAGAUCAUUGUUGUUUUUUAAACUGCCUUCAAUUCAGAAUCAGCCGAGGGAAACCCAUGGCGGCCACAGUAAAUCAACUAUGCCCUCUGCUGGAUGAAGGAAACGGCACUUUAUUUCUACGAGACGUCAGCUUGCCUGGAUGGGAAUAUUGUACAUCAAAGAAUGUCAUUUUAACGUUCCUCUCGAGGUGCAAAACACUUGCCCCGGAAACAAGAAGGUCAUUGGAUGUCAACAGAUCAAUGCAGAACCUUGAGUGUAUGAUUUGUAUAUUAACUGUACAUCCAUUUAGUGUAGAAACACAGGUACACAAGCUGUGAUGUCAAUCGUACUUAAGUGAUUUUUAAAACUAGGCAGGAACACAAGCCCUGCUUUAAAUAUUCAAAUCGGUGCCUUUUCAUAAACAGUUAUUUAUGAGAAGGCGUUAAGAUCUUUGGUUUGGUUCAGACAAGUAUGUACAGAAAGUCCUAAUUUUUAUAGCGUAAAAUAUGCAAAUAUAAUUGAGUUCUCAGGUUUUUUUUAAUGUAAUCUUGAAAGCCCUAAUUUUUCUGUAUGUGAAAUUCAUUGUUUGCUGUUAUAUCAACAGGUGAUGGAACAGAACACUAUACGUAACUAAAGCGCUGCAUGAUCAUCUACUUGCACAAGCAUUGAGCAGAUUUAUCUUUAUUACAACUUGACUAUUGUAUGUACAUUCCAAUUUAAUUUCUGCAUAUAUUUUUUUUCAUUAAGUUUGGAUCCUAGUUGGUAUGUCAAUGUGAUAUUUAUAGUUGUACAUCUUUUCUUUGAAAUAGCGACUGCAUUGUUCCAGAUACCUAGAACGACCAUUAAACAAAAUCAAUGUUUGUACAGGACACUAUGAGCACAUUCUUUACAGUUAGAACAUCAGUAGACCUCCAACCUCAUCUUUACAUGGUUUAAAGGUGAGAUGCUUCAUUAGAU